CACGUCGAUAUCCACGCUGUGGAUAGUCGACAGCAAAGUGGAAAGAGAUGAUGGCUAGCAUGCCGAUUGGUCCCUCCUUUUCGCCGCACCCUGGCGGAAUGCAGCAACAUCCGGGAGCUCCUCCCGGUCACCACAUGGCUCCGGGCAUGGCCCACAAUCCCAGCCAGCCCGGCGCAACCCCCGCCAUGGCUCAUCAGAUGGUGGCACACUUAGGUGUCUCCGGCCCCGGCCCCCAGAUGAGCGCCGGCGCUCUCAUGGGAGGAAUGCCGCCCGGCACUCCCAACGCCCAUGUUGCCAUGCAGCAUUUGAACCCCCAGCAGAUGGCAGCAUACCAACAACAGAUCAAUGGGAUGGGCUUUCCCAACAACCCAGCCAUGCAACAGCAGUUGCAGCAAGUUAGGCUGCAGCAGCUGCAGCAAGCGCAACACCAGAGAAUCAUGCAGGCUCAGCAAGCUCAGGCUCAGUACGGUAACCUGGGAGGCAUGCCAAUAGGUGUCCCCGGCAUGGGCCAGAUGAACCCUCAUAUGGCCCAGUUAAUGCAGAGGCGCGCAAUGGGUGGCCCUAUGCCAAUGACCCAUCAGAUGCAACAGCAUCUAGCGCAACAGCACCAGGGGCAGGGGAUGAAUCCGAAUCUCAUAGCCCAACAGAUGGCGAUGCAGCAGCAGCAGCAGCAGCAGCAAUUACAACAGCAACAACAACAGCAACAGCAGCAGCAGCAGCAGCAGCAGCAACAACAACAACAGAUGGCCCAGCAGGGAAACAACCCCGGCCAGCACCAGAUCAACCCCCAAGGUCCAGGCCUCAACAUGCAAGCUCAGCUGGCCGCUCUUCAUACGCAACAGGCUCAUGCCCAGCAGUCGGCGGCAGUUCAGGCAGCCCAGGCCCAGGCCCAGGCACAACAAGGAGGGCCGGGACAACCACAGCAGCAACCGCAACAACCACAGCCCCAACCGCCUCAACAGCCACCCCAACAGCAGCCGGGUCAGCCUCAGCAGCCUACUCAACAACAGCAACCACAGGUUCAGCCAGGUCCGGGAGUAAAUGGGCCAGCACAGAACCAGGGGCCUGCUCAGGGCCCUACACAGCAGCCAAAUGCCCAACAGCAGGUCUCCCCUCAAACGCCACAGACCACACAAGCCCAGCAAGCACAACUUGCCCACGCCCAAGUUCAAGCAGCCGCCAAUGUUGCCAACCUCCUGCAGCAAAAGCGUGUGGAUAGCGCAAACUUGAAGGGCCAGUGCUUGCUUAAGCUCAACUCGUUCAAUGAGCAUUUGAAUGGAUUCACGGGUUCCCAGGGUGCAGACGGAUUGAAGUACUGGCAACUCUUUGUCCAGCGGUUCUUCUCCCAGAAAGGCGUCUUCCGCCAGACUUUUAAGAAACGUGAAGAUGAAGCUGCCGAUCCCAAGCCCUACGAGAUCGACGUUGCAGCCUUGCCGCGAUUCUUCAAUGUGCAUUUCGAAAGUGGCGUUUCGAAAAUGCAGCUGGUCAUGCAAGGCACCACAGACAGAUCGUUGCCCCACGACGGCCAUUUCAUUGAGAUCGCCAGGGCAAGUGUCUUCUACUGGUACGAUAAUGGAUCGCAUGUCGUCCAUAAUGGAACCCUCCGGAUCCAAUUCGACAGCGACCAAUUUAUUGAGCUUUUCGACUUUGUCGUUGAGAACCACGAGGAGUACCAUUCGCGACGCGCAAUCAUCGAGGCUGCUCGGCCUUCGCACACCUGGAUCAAGGAGUGGAGAUCCCUGAACCCGCCUGACAGCAAGCAGUCACCAGAGAUGAGCAAAAAGGGCAAGCAGAGGCCGUACAAGAGCCCAGCCACUCCGCCACCGGAUAUCGAGCUUCCGGACUCUUGCGUCAAGAUUGGGAUGGGGAUUCCAGAAGGCGUGUUUCAGUUCCUGGAGAUGGCCGAUAUCAUGGGUCAAAUGAGCCCCUUAUUCACGUUCUCCCACAAUCAUCCCGGCAUCUCCCCAUAUGCUGCUCUCGAGCAGUUCAUGACCCAGAUCACAGGUCAAGGUCCAGCUGUCAACGGCCAGGCGAUGCCGCAAGGAGUCCCUAGGACUCCAGGAUACAACCAAUUUCCAAUGGGUGCCAGUCCAGCAAUGGCAAACCAGAUGCUUCCUGGGUCUCCUCAUAUAGGUAGCCCGGCUCCUGGCCAAAUGCAGGCGCCUGCCAUGCAGCUUCAAGUCAGCCAGCAAGGCACCAACUCUAGUGGGCCAAGCGCAAAUACUUCGCCUCAGCAGAACAACAAGAAGAGGAGAGCUUCCCAGGCGAAGCUCGAAGAUGAUGGUCCCACCUCAGCCCCGACGCCGGCGACUAUCGGUACACCCCAAAUGCCUCAGAUGAACGGCGUCCAAGUGAAGGCUAAGCACCCUCCAACGCCGAGGAUGCAGAAACGCAUGAAGAACAACCAAGGAUAGAAGCCGAGACGUCCUUUGAUCGAGCUGUGGACGCCGUCUUGCUCUCCUUUCAUACACAAUUAACAUAAAUUCUUCACGGUUGGUGUCUUGGCGUCUUGCUUGGUCUUCUUGACAUGAGCUCGUUCAGACCUCUCGACUUCUUAGACAUCCAGAGCUGGGCAGUCUUUGGGCUCGAUUUUUUCUACUUUUUCUUUCUGUUCACACACGCAUGGGAUUUUACAUGACUGCAUCCGGCUUAACUUUGUAUCUGGGCCGGGGAAAGCAUUCAUUCUGGAAUCGGACCAUUUGCAUAUACCCCAUUUUCUGGUUCACACGGGAAAGGCGCUGGUGGAAAGCGCAUAUGGGAGGAGGCUAACGGGGAGCCAGAGAAGGCUAUCGAGUGGGAGAGCGGAACUGUUUGGUGGAAGAUGAAGUGGUUAUUAGGAUAACAUUGACACCAACAGGUGGGAAGAAGAAUCGAUCAGGAAGAGGCGGCAAGGUAUGGGAAUUGAGAUGAUGAAACGGGGGGAGCAGAGCGAAUAGGAUUCGAGGAGGGUCAGUCAGCUGAAGCGGGUGCCAAAAAUUUACUUGGCUCGAGUUCAUGAUAUAAUAUUGCACUCGAGGCAGGCCUGCGUUUUGACGCGUUCUGGCAGGCGUUCUGCGAGGCGAAGGAAGGAAGGCAUGAUUUUUGUGUACAUCGCGUUUCCAUUUUUCCUCUUUAUUUGGUCUUUGGUUCCAGAGUUUGAGAAACCAGCGCAUUCCUACUACCUACCCAUUUUCCGUUUUCCUUUUUGCCGGGUUGAUAUAUAGUGCUGGAAAGAAGAGUCUCUAUGUUGUUUUUGUUGAGGCAAAGGAGAAGAGGGGAAAAGGAGAACGACACGCGAGCAGGGAAAGAGAGUGAGUGCUCGGAUCAUCCGUCAUUCUACCUCACGGGCUUGGAGACGGCAUGGAUGAAUCAGUCUCCGGUGUCAGUCGGGUAGAUUUGUCCCACCCCCGCUCCCCGCUCCGGUCUUCUGGCCUAUGGUUGUCGCCGUUUUCUGUUUAAUGUUAAUGAUUUGGCGUCUUACGAGAGAGGUCCGACUGUUGGGAGUGAAGACAUUGCAAAAAUGGUGUUGUGAAAGAGCAAGAGCGACAGAUGCAAAACAUAGCGUAUCACCACAUACUUUUUUUCUGUCUUCAAGUGGUCGUCGUCGUUUUUAUCAAGCUUGGAUCGAUGCUUCUGAUACUUACCUUACUUGUGUUGCGCGCGUGGUUUGAGCGAGAUGGGAAGAGGGUCAGAUAACUUGAAGGAAAGAAAACAAAGGGGAAGGAGGAUGGGGGGGAACAGAGUCGAGUUGGAUAGAGAGAGAGGUGUGGUAUUUUGUAUCAAAACUUUUGUGUUUGUUCAAGUUAGUCAAAGAACUUCAGCGAUCAAUUUUUAUUUUUUUC